AUGUCGGAUACCGGGAGAAUAGUCAAGCGAUUUGUGGUAUUUGUGAGACAUCCCCUGAGCUAUGCAUAUGUGAAAUCCACAACCGAAAGGGCCAAAGAAUUCAGGAUUCGCAGUGGAAGAAAGCAAGAUCUUUUAUUGAAGGUGCUGGCUCUUCUUGGAAAGAUAAAGAUCGAGUCUCACUUUUACGAGUCUAGUCCAAGGCUCCUGACGCCCGGAUUUCAAGAAACAAGAGAUAGACGGACAGGAAGAGAAAAGUUGGAAGGGAAAGCUCGAGCGCAUCUACAGGCCGACUUCCCGGGCGUUCUUCUGACUCCCUUAAAGAAAUUCUCAUGUUUAGCUCCCCCGACUCCUGCAAAGGAAGAGAUUUCGGUUAUCAAUGAACAACGCAUGCUAGCAAAUCUUGUUGUCAACCCUAAGCCGCAUGUUCGAGCCAACCUCACGGUGAAUCAAAUCCAGGUUAGUGAAUAUCUUGCUACUUUAGGCGUUGCUAGAUAUAUUGAUACUGAUCUACAAAAGAGGGCCCGACGCCUGGACAACAUUGCCAAAUUUUGGAGCGAGACCGAGGAAUUAGCUGCACGCUUCCUUCAUGGGGCUGACAUUCCAACAAGGAUUUACAAUGGUACAAAUCAAAGCGCUACCGAGAAUUUGCUCACAGCGCUAGUGAAAUCUAAAUGGACCGAUAUGAGUGGGAUGAGGUUCCUGAUGACUUUAUUUUGUUUAUCAGUGACCAAGAGGGACUUAAGACUGAUAGACAACCCAUCGCUUCCAGAAAGAUCCUCGAACGGGCCUUCAAUCUUCUUCAAAUUCAAGGGGACCCUGUUCACAUGA